AUGCCUUUUCUCUGGAGUGCGCUUUCUUCUUCAUCGUCAUCCAGUGCUAAUCGGCCAUUAAAGGGCAAGAGCAAGAGCUCGAACGAUAUUUUCAAGAACACGGGCAGUAAGGAGCAGAAGAGGAAGCUGACCCGGCAGAGGAAGCUGAGGUAUGCAACCGAUGACGAAUUGGGUCUAAAGUCUGGUGUUACUCGUGAUGGGUCGGAGUCUUGGCCCGUUUCCCCUGAUUCGGGUUCGGGGACUGUGUCCGGGCCUCGGACCCCCCACCACGCUGGCGGCUGCCACUGGUCAAAGUCGGCGGUGCCCCUGCCUCUACCCCGGCCUGGAAUGAAUUAUCAGGUUGGGCAGUGUGAUGGUUCGCAUGGCCCGAGAGCCGGGGUGGUGGAUCCUCCCGGCUCCGCAGUUACAAGAAAUAUUUCUGAUCACAAGUUCGGGAAGACCACUGAUGAUAUCAUCCAAAAAAGACAUAUAUCUCCCACUUACCGGCGCAGAGGAUUCCCUCGAGACCUAAACGUCGACACUGCAGACAACAACUUUUGUCUGCAUUUUCCUGCGAGGAGUGCUCCAAGCAGUGGUUACUCCAGUCCACUGCUUAGCCCACAAAGAUAUAGCACUGUGGAUCUUUUCCACCCCUCAUUUCAAGUCUCAUCGGCUUUGGAAUUUCCGACUUCAGAUAGAAUAUUGAAGUCUCACCAAAUUACGCGGAUACCUACUCCCGAACACUCUCCACUUUAUAGCCCAAUGUCACAAAUUAAAGGUCAAUGGCAGAGGGGAAGACCGAUAGGACGAGGUACUUAUGGAAGUGUUUAUAUAGCAACUCACCGUGAAACUGGAGCUACUUGUGCAAUGAAGGAAGUUGAGAUGAUUCCUGAUGACCCUAAAUGUGCAGAAUGUAUAAAGCAGUUGAAACAGGAGAUCAAAUUUCUCAGAGAGUUGAAGCAUCCAAACAUUGUACAGUACUAUGGCUAUGAUAUUAUUGAGGAUCGUUUUUGCAUAUAUUUGGAGUAUGUGCAUCCUGGAUCAAUUACUAAGUACGUCCGUGAACACUGUGGAGCUAUGACAGAGUCUAUUGUUCGCAAUUUCACCCGUCAUAUUGUGUCGGGUUUGGCUUACUUGCAUAGCUCAAAGACAAUACACAGGGACAUUAAAGGGGCUAAUUUACUUGUCGAUGCAUCUGGUGUUGUCAAGCUAGCUGACUUUGGAUUAGCAAAACAUCUUAUGGGACAUGAUUUUGAUCUUUCCUUGAAGGGUACUCCACAUUGGAUGGCUCCAGAGGUAUUGCAGGCUGCGAUGCGAAAAGAUGGUAACCCAGAGAUGGCCUAUGGUGUAGACAUAUGGAGUCUCGGUUGCACGGUUAUUGAGAUGCUGACGGGGAGACCUCCUUGGAGCGAGUAUAAUGGGGUGCAAGCAAUGUUCAACAUAUUGAACAGAGCGCCGCCUAUACCAGAAACAUUGUCUGCCGAAGGAAAGGACUUCCUUCACUGGUGCUUUCAGAGACAACCUGCGGAUCGACCUUCAGCCGCUGAGCUGCUCGAGCAUCCUUUCCUACGAAGUUCACAAGAUCAAAAUCUUGCUGGUUUUGUGCAAGACUUCUCUGGAUUAAAACUAUACGAUGUAGAGUUUCCAACUGUCUGGAGUCGCCAGAACAAGGACGUGAUGCCACUCUCAUCAGUCACAAGAAUCCAGCAAGGAAAAACCCCAGUACACAAUGGUGAAACAAGCCGACAGUCAUGCCCAGAAUCACCUGACUUGGUGGCAACAUCCCAUCAAUCUCCUCGUUCUACACUUGAAGCCCUUCCUUGUAAAUCUUCACCAGAGCGCAACCGCAGUUCAAACGGCAUCAGCCCUUCAAAUGUCCAGAACAAUCUGCUCCUAAGAGCUGUGAACAACAGUGUCUCCAGCUUCUCCUGCAAGGGAAAUCUCACCCUACUGAUGCCAGAAAGGAAAAAACGGAGCUGCAAUGUACAAGAAGAAACAAAUCAGCAAUGAAAUUUGAUUCUGGGAUUAUCCUUGUAAUCUUGACAUAGAUCCCACUUGGAUUUGUAACAUUAUCCCACUUGGAUUUGUAACAUUUGUUGGCUUAAGUUGUAUUUGCUGAUGCUGGUAUUAAGGGCAGCAGCAUGUAUUCUUUUCUGACUCAGCUUCGGCUAAGUAGUCUGAAAACAUAUUCUUGAUUGCAGAACCAAUUAGGAUUACUCCAUGUUGUAUGUACGAGACAUUCUUUGUAGUGUAACUUCACUGAAGUAUGUACAUAGAAAAGGUUUGCCAGUUUUAUUUAUAAAACCACUUGUACUAA